AUGUGUCAAUUCAAAGGGAUCUUCGAUGCAAACGAUUGGAGUGUUUAUUCUAUACGAAGACUCAACCAUUUAGUGAUUGAUGAAAGCGAUACUCUCUUUGACGAUACAUUUGGUCACGAAAUAAUAGAUCUGUUGGGAAAUGUAAUCGUGAGAGAUAACGCCCAACAGACAGACAACGAAACCGAUUGCGACGAACCGAAGGCUGAGUCGGGCGCUGGUGGCCUACAACUGGUGUGUGUGAGCGCAACAAUGCCUAGAAAUCUAUCACAAACUCUGGGUAAUGUUGUCGACAUCGACGACAACUUCGACACCAUAUCUACUCGUUGUUUGCAUCACAUUAUGCCUCACGUGCGGCAAGACUUCCAUCGAAUCCACAAAUACGACCGACAGUUAAAACUCUUAGAGUUAGUCAAAAAGGAUGUGAGAACCGGAAGGCCUGUAAUGGUGUUCAGCAAUCGCUCCGAUUCCUCCAAUUGGAUCUAUCAUUAUCUCAAUGAUAACGGCAUUCAAUGUCUUAGACUUAACAGCGAUAUAUCAGAUGAGGAGAGAAGUGAUCAACUCAUGCGAUUCCAAUCGUCACAAUGUAAUGUCAUUUCAUGCACUGAUUUGGGCUCCAGGGGCUUGGAUACUGUGAGGGUCAGACAUGUAAUCAAUUACGACUGUCCACACUAUGUGUCGGAUUAUAUACACCGGUCGGGCCGGACAGGACGUAUCGGCUCUAAACACGACAGUCUGGUCACCACUUUUGUAUCGUUCAAACCGGACGUACAUAUGGUUAAGAGGUUGGAGUACGCCUUACGACUCAAUCGUGCCAUCGAUUCAGUCGACGCCAACAUUAAACAACAGAUCUCUGAAAAGAUGGCAUCAAAUCAAUUCAAAAGAGCCAAAGCGCGACAAUAACUAUAUUUAUCAACGCAUUCAUUAGAUAUACCCU